GUUGUUGCUUCCGCUGCUGCUGCUGCUUCCCUAAUGCUCAAUUGCAGGCAUUCCAAGAGAGCAUGCGUUUUUCCGGCACAAUCCCGCAUGAACAUGUGGUAGCUGCAAAGUUUGAGUACGAGUGCAAGAAACGUGGCGCCCAGCGAAUGUCGUACCCACCAGUUGUUGGCGGUGGAGAAAGAGCUCGUACCAUUCACUAUUUGCGAAACGAUUCCAAGAGAGCAGUAUAUUCAGCAGUCCUCCAUGCACAUCAGGAAUGCGUUAAGCUGUGUAAACCAGGGAACAUGCUUAACUCUAUCCAUGACCAUGCGACACGUCUGCUAUCGGAUGCAAUUCUCGACCUCGGCAUUGUGAAGAAUCAACCUUAUUCAGCGAUGACAGCGUCAGCAAUCUUGACGAAAGUUUUUCCGCACGCCGUUGGUCAUUGGCUUGGGAUGGACACGCAUGACUGUGAUACAGUGCUGCUGAGCGAACCACUACAAGCAGGAGUGAUAUUGACGAUCGAGCCGGGGCUUUACUUUCCGGAUGAUCCUGAUAUUCCUUCUGAAUCACAGCUGGAACAAAGAGGGCUAUUAUCGCCCAUUUGCUCCUACAGUGGCUCCUCCACACAACAGCAAGUUGCGGAUCUGGAGCACUGCCUGCUCUACUGCCCGAUGGUACGACAGAUAUGGCAGUGGUGGACGGCAGCCUGGCACUUUCUCACAGUCACUGAGUUCCCAUGGGACCAGAUGGCAAUUCUGCUAAACGACUUCUCCAAAUCCCGACUUUGAAGACUCCAUUCCAACUAAACCUGUUCAAAUAUACACGAUUGGAAAUUCUGAUGGUGGCGUAGCGGGCACGAUGCUCUUACGAAAGG